UAAUCCAAAAAAAAAACUUUGGCGACGUGACUUCACGAAGAUGAAGGGUUUAAAAUAGUUUAGUCUUGUAAAUAAGAUAGACGAUACAUGACAGCUGAAAUUAGAUAUGGAAGGAAGGUGCUCAGAUGAUGCUGGAGAAAAAGUCGUCGACGAAAAAUCUCCCCUCCUUUCUGUCCAAGGCGACCAAGGCAAUGGGAUCAACGACAGGUCCAGUGCUUCAACUAGUUCAAGGGGCCAAUAUGAUGGUAGUUCCACAUAUGACAGUUCACACAUGAAUAGUGAGUCAAACAACUUUGCAAAAAGGAAGCCCUUCCAUUAUAACACACUUAAAAAUUCCAUUGUUACACCUCAUGAUGUGGACAUAGCUGCUAAGUUCAACCGCUACAGAUACAUAUCCAGACUAUCUAGACACAAUGUGAUUAUUCCAAGACAUAUACUUCCACCUCAUUUAUUUCUUGUCAUUCCAAAAGAAUCAGAUGAAAAACAAAGCAGUCUUGUCACAAUUUUUUCAAUUUGGAACACCAUGAUGGGAACCUCACUGCUAAGUAUACCAUGGGCAAUUGAUCAGGCAGGUUUUGCUCUUGCUAUUGUCCUGUUGGUUGUCAUGGCAGGGCUUUGUCUUUAUAGCUGUUACUUGAUAAUAAGAUGUGCAGAAGAAACAGCAAGGCAAGGUGAUGUCCUAGAAUUUUCUGAUAUCUGUAAGAAAUACCUUGGCAAGCCUGGAGAGUUUAUUGCAAUCCUGUUUUCUGUGGCUGCUAAUGCUGGAGGUGCCAUAGUCUUUUGGGUUCUAAUGAGCAGUUUCCUGUACUAUUCUGGAAAGUACAUUCAUGAGACUGUCCAUCAUGCCUAUUCAGUUCCCACUUCCACAAAUAUUACAAAUGGAAGCUUCCCAAGUCACUUAGAAGUUCUUUGCCCUGGUGGCCACAGUGCAUCAGCAAGUUCAGCAAACAGCUUAGUCGCAGCUGACAAAACAAACUUCUUCAAAUUCUGGCAGCUCCAACACACUGUACCUUUCUUUUUAAUUGCUGUCCUGUUUCCUUUGUGCAGUGUAAAGUCACCAACAUUCUUCACUAAAUUCAACUCUUUAGGCACCUUAUCAGUUGCCUAUAUCAUUGUCUUUAUCAUUACCAAAGCCAGCAUAUGGGGAAUUCACAUGGAUUUUAAACAUAACAGCAUACCAAUGUUCAAGACUAGUUUUCCAGCUCUUACAGGAAUACUUACUCUGGCUUACUUUAUCCACAACUGCAUUCUGUCAAUAAUGAGGAACCAGGCGAAACCCCAAAACAAUGCACGUGACCUUAGCAUAGCUUUCUUCUUGGUAGCUUUGACGUACAUAAUUGUUGGUCUGCUUUUCUUUAUAAGUUUUCCCAGAGAAAAGUCAUGUAUUCAAGAGGUUCUUCUUGAUAAUAUUCCAGCCCCAGACAUUAUGACGUUUAUAGCCAGGCUUUUUCUCCUGUUUCAACUUACCACUGUGUUUCCAUUGAUUGUUUAUAUCAUACGUGUGCAACUUAUGUUAUACUUCUUUGACAAAAUUUAUCCAAGCUUCCUACAUGUGUUUGUCCUGAACCUAGCACUUAUUGGGGCAUGUGUGUUAUUUGCUGUAGUUUAUCCACAUGUUGGCAACAUUAUCAGGUAUGUGGGAUCAUUAAGUGGCUUAGCAUACAACUACUCACUGCCAUGUAUUGUGCACAUGUUGAUACAGAAACAAAGAGGACAGCUGUCUUGGACCAGUACUGUGUUUCAUUCUUGCAUAGUUGUUUUUGGAGUCCUGAAUUUUAUGUCCCAGUUUUUUAUCUCGGGAUGAGUUUUUUGAGAGUUUAAUUCAAUGUUCUAAUCUUGUAAUACAGUAGAAUAAUACACUUGAAACGUGUAUUAUAUGCAGUUAUGUGGCAAAAUUGUCUCGAGGGCUUAAUUAUGACCUUAAUGUUAAAGGUUCCUACAUUCAUAUGCAUCAAAUGCUCAAAAUUAGGUGGACUACUUAAUUACCUAGUGCAGGUCACUGUUGUAUUGUAGUUAUGAUUUUUGAAAUGGUUUUAGGAAAACUUGGGCUGUUACUGGUUAGCUCAGUUAUAUUUUCCUAUGUCACGAAACAAUUUACCUUUUUUUUACCGUACUCAUGUUUUUUUUUUUUAUCCACAAUAACUGAGCUUUCCACACUAGCAUGUGCGUGCGUGAACGUUGAAUCGUUUUUAUUGAAACAUUUAAUAAUUUUCCAGAUCAUUGUUUAGUUAAAUAGGGACUAAGGAAAACGAUAAAAACAGGAGAAGUAUAGUCAAGAAGUAUUCAGUGAUGACUCGACCUCCCUUAUAAGUUUCUUUUGCAGCCUUUCUUCGAUUUUCACGCAACGGGGAGCGCUGCGUGACCCCGCAGAGGAUAACCUCCCCUAUGUCUGCACCAUUCUCCUGUUUUGUGCCUUUUCCUUGUUCCUAUAACUUAACAAUGCACUUGGAUAGGAGACAUCAACCAAAAACUAAAUUGAACAUAUAUUUUUUAAAAAUUAUAAUUUGACCAAAGUCAGUAAAUGCCCUUCACGGUGAUUGGGAGUGGGGGGGGUAGCGGGGGGGAGUGAAGGGUACAAUGACAUUUGGGCUGAGAAUUUCGCUCUAGCUGUAUGAUUUAUUUAUAUAUAAGGUUAAUUUGUCGGGGAAUUAAUUUAUUCGUAUUUUGAGAAAAGUGUGUUCUUUUAAGUGGCGUCUUUGCUGCGUUUGAAGAACCUAAUUAAGAGAAUUGCAAUAUUUCAAAUAUUUACAUGCGAGGGGCAAUUUUGCUAAAAUAAAACAGCAGCUAAGUCACUAA